CACUCCUUAAUACAUUUGUCUCUUUCCUUUCAACUCCCCAUAUAAAUACUAAUAUUAUUAUUAUUCAUUAGUCUCUUUCUUCAAUCUCUCUCUUCGCAUCUCUCAGCCUCUUCGCCGAACACGGACCUUUUUGUCAAAUACGACGGCAGCUUGCCGGAUCUGUUUCGAGAGGGGCACUCGGCAGUGGUUGAGGGGUUUAUCCGGCCCUUUGUAGUGGUAUGGGAGGUGAAAUCAUUGAUAAUGGAGGCGAUGCUCGCAGUUGCCCGGAACAAUUUAGCAAGGGUAAUGGAAAAGAAGCAUCUUUAUUGAAAAGUGAGACAAAUUGGUCAUCCUUCAAUUUUUUGUUUGGUCGAGAACCUGAUUUUGUUGGAUUUGGCACUGUUCGUGCACUAACUUGUCAUUUCAGCUCCCAGCAUCAAGCAAUAGAUAUUAAACACAAGUUGAUGAGUUCUAUCCCUAAAUUCGUAAAGAUAGUUGAAGUUGGUCCACGAGAUGAGCUGCAAAACGAGAAGGAAAUUAUGCCAACUAAUGUGAAGGUGGACUUGAUAAAAAUGCUCGCAUCUUCUAGUUUGUCUGUCGUUGAAGCUACUAGUUUUGUUUCACCAAAAUGGGUACCUCAUGUAUUUGCUAAGGUGUUGUGGUUCUCUUAUUUGCUAACAAACAGGAUCUUCCUGGAGCACUUGCUGAUGCUUCGAUAAGUGAGGCCUUAGAGUUGCACAAGAUUAAGAACUGUCAAUGGUCUAUUUUUGGUGGUUGUAUAUUUCUAGCUUUUCUUUUGGUUUGCCUUUUCCUUCUUUUUGGGUUUUUUUUUAUCCCUUGGUCUUUGCUGUAAUCCCAGGUGGAUUCUCAUUUGUAAAUAAUACCAAUAAUGUUUGUAUUCAGUACAUUUUUUUAAUUAAUUAAUACCUACUUUGGUCUAUGGAAAUA